AUGUCUAGAUUUAAAAAUGACAGCCUAUGGAUAGAAACUGAUACAGGUAAUAGAAUAUCAAAGAAGGCUGUUAUUUGCGCACCAGUUAAUAUCAUCCUUUCUGGUAAUGUAAUAAUAAAACCUGAGGUUAUUAUAAGGGGUGAUCUCAGGCGUACAGGUCCAUCACCGUCUGUCGCGAUUAGCAUCGGUAAAUUCACAAUCCUCGACGAUGGAUGCAUUAUAAGACCAGCUUAUAAGACAUACAAGGGUACUUUUAGUUACUAUCCAAUGAAAAUUGGUGAUUUCACUACUAUCGGUUCUCAAACAAUACUAGAAGCUGCACAAGUUGGUUCAUACGUUGAAAUUGGAAGGAAUUGCGUUAUUGGUCGUUUCGUCGUUAUCAAAGAUUGUGCCAAGGUCGCGCCAAAUUCUGUCAUACCGCCCAAUACUGUUAUACCACCAUACGCCUUAUUCAGCGGCAAUCCAGCCGUUCAAAUAGACACAUUACCUGAAAGUACACUAGACAAUGUUGAACUAUCAACAACGACUAGCUAUAAUGAGUUCAAAAUGACAUAAUUUCUUAGACAAUAAGUUGACAAAAUUAUUAAUCCUGUAUUUUUGAAUAAAUU